AUGUCUUACCGAUUUUCUUACAACAGAAGACGACAUGAUAAUAAUAGAAUACGUCUUCCUGGUGGUGCAGGUGUUCAUGCUCCACAUAUAAAUUUAACUUAUAUUGAUAAUGAUGUGCAUAUAGAAUUAAAAAAGGUUAUUCAAUCAGGUGAAAGACGUACACUCAUUCUGACAGCUGAACAAUUUUUUGAAAUUUCACAGAACAACGAUGAAAUUAAACGUGCUGGAGGAGAGAUUGCUAAUUAUCAUGGAAGUAAUAGUACAACACAGCCAGCUAAGGAAGUUGGUUUAUUUAAAUUUAUUUCACGGUCUGAUUCUGAGGAUAAUAAAUGUGAACAUAUGUAUGAAUGGGAAGUACCAAAUUCAAAAUUGAGAGUGAGUGUACGUAAUCGUCGAAGUGAUGGUAAACGACCAAUUAAUACAGAAUUUGUUGUUGAAAUACGAGUGUUCAGUACAAAUGGUUUACCCACUGAUGAAGGUAUUAUGAUGGCAUGGCAUAAUUUUGAGGGUACAUUUGUUGAUCAUCAAAGAGAACGACAAGAACGAAUUCAACAAAUACGUAGGAAUGGAGUAUUGAAUCCUUUAGCAAGAUUGAACGCCAACGGUGCUUCAAGUGCAACUAGUGCUGCUGCUACAACUACUGCUACUGUUUCUUUAUCUUCAACAUUUACAGGAAACUUGCCUACCUGGACAAUUCAAGAAGAGUUUGUUAAUAAGGUGACAUAUUCAUGUGUUAUCUGUAUGGAUACUUAUGUGGAAGGUGAUACAGUGAAUGGUUUACCAAACUGCAGUCAUUAUUUUCACUCAUCAUGUAUUGGAACAUGGUUAGUUGGAAGUGACCAGUGCCCUGUGUGUCGAGCAAAAGUUUAG